AGACAAGUCGUUGUAGGCUUCACUGACCUUCGCAGCUGCAAUCUCUCUCCCCUCUUCCAUCUCACUCUCUUCCAAUUCUCUGAACCAUAAACUUCAGACUCUUUAUCACGCAGAGCUGAGAAUUGAAGGCACAAUUCCAAACCUUUCUUCACUAUAAAAGGACUUCAUAUUUUUUUGAGUAGCAAUGGUUUUCUUGUGCUGGGCUAAGCCAUCACUUCAAGAACAGAAGGAUUGUCUAAACAAGUCAGAUGGAUUUAAUUAUGACUCUAAGUACAGGGGAGCUACUUCCAAACAUGCGUCUUCUCUCAAUGAGCUUUCAAAAGAUGGUUUCUUGAUUAACCAUGCUCGUGUUUUAGUUGGUUCUGGUGUUGAAACUUAUGAAAAGGGCAAGUUGGCUCUUGAAAAUUGGAGGCAUUUUGGGUUUGACUGGGGAUUUGUUGAUUCGAAGACUCCGAUUCGAAGUGGAGUGAAGUUUUGUGUAUGUGUAAAGGAGUUUUUGCCUUGGGUUAUGAUGCCUCUUCAGAUUGUUUAUGUAAAUGAAAGCAGGAGUUCCAAGAAGGAUAUGGCUUCGUUUUGUUUCGGUGGCGGUACCCUUCAAGGUCACUUGCUGGCCAUUACUAACAUUUUACUGGGGAACAGGCUGGGGAAGAGCGGUUUUCAAAUGGAUGCGAAGAACCAAGUGUGGUACGAGGUCCUUUCCUUCUCAAAGCCUGCCCACUUUCUGUCAUUUAUCGGGUACCCAUAUGUUCAACUGAGGCAAAAGUUUUUUGCUCAUCAGUCUAGCAAUGCUGUUGUAAAACAUGUGUCUGGUUCAUAAUCCUAUUCUUUUUUAAACUUGAAUUCCAGCACUGAGUAAUUGUCAUCAGCUCAUAACUGUUCUGUUCUAGCGAACAUACUGCUGAAGUGUUGGUUUGACAUUGCUGUGGAAGGUCCUUUUCCUUCCACACAAUGAAGGGAAGAUCAUAUAAUCCAAUUUUUACUUAAAAA